UUGUCAAGAAGGUCUACGUGUAGGAAAAAUAACAGUCUGUAACUAUGUUCGUCGUACAGUUGACUCUAAUAUCACUGCUGGUGCUGGGAGCACACUGUGAAUCUGCCGAGAGGUAUAUGGACUAUAUUCUCGGCAGGCACAAUGGCUUCAGACAGAGAUGGUUUUAUGGACGUCAAUGGGAAAGCAUGGAAUGGGACAAUUCUCUUGCAGAGGAGGCAGACAGACGCAUGUCUGAAUGUAAUAUGGGAAACGGAUAUUACCGCCGUGGAGAACAUUAUGCCUAUUAUAGCGGCGGUGAUCAUUUUUACAACAUCCGCCAAACAUUCGACGAAUGGGACAAUGGAAUGAACGGAUUCGACUGGAGAAAUAAUGAAGGAGAUUUCUAUCAGAUGGACUGGUUCAGAGGCCAGUCAGUGGGCUGUGCUAUGCAAUGGUGUCCUUCAUUCUUUGCCAACGGUGAAAACUACCAGAACAUGUGGUUCUUUGGAUGUUUCUAUGAUCAAAGGGAUUACAAUGACAACAAUGAGUUCUUUGGCGGUUAUAAGUGGGAUGGCAAUAACUUCAAUAGUUGGAACUCGGAUAAUAACUUCAACAAAGGUUAUUACAUGAACAACGAUUUCUACAACAACGGGUUCGGCAAUAAUGAUAACUUCUACAACAGAGGUUAUUACAUGAACAACGAUUUCAACAACAACGGGUUUGGCAAUAAUGAUAACUUCUACUACAGAGGUUAUUACAUGAACAACGAUUUCAACAACAACGGGUUCGGCAAUAAUGAUAACUUCUACUACAGAGGUUAUUACAUGAACAACGAUUUCUACAACAACGGGUACGGCAACAGUGACGACUACAACAGAGGUUAUUACGGGAAUAGUAAUGACUACAACGGUGAUUACUACUAUAACAGGGGUUAUAACUACAAUGGCAAUAACGGAGAUAACUAUUACAACAGGGGUUAUUGGAAUGGCAAUGGCAACAAUGGAGAUUAUUACUACAACAGAGGAUAUUACUGGAAUGGGAAUAACGGUGACAACUUCUACAAUAGAGGAUACUACAUGGACAACUACCACAACAAUGGAUUCGGCAACGGUAAUUUCUACUACAACAGGGAUUAUUACAUGAAUAAUGACAACUACAACAACUGGUAUGGCAAUGGCAACUAUUACAACAGAGGUUCCUACAUGGACAAUUACUACAACAAUGGAUUUGGCAACGGUAACUUUUAUAACAGCAAGUACUACAUGAACAACGGCUACAACAAUGGCUACGGAUACUUCUAAACCAACAACCGUAGAGGAAACUGAACCGACAGACUGCAGUGUUUGGAGAUACUGACCCGUCCACUCGUCUUGUCAGCGAUAUUUAUUUUUUUGACUUAUGGAUUUGUCAUGGUGGUUGAUUUGUUAAAUCAUUUGCAAUAAACACGAAGAUCAUUUUAAA